GCUGUACCGGUAGGGUGGAACAAAAUCAUAUCUCUUCCUACUAGCUAGAUAAUUUAGUAACUAGUUAGUUAGUUUUGUCUUCUUUUGGGUUUAGCUAACACAUUUGUUGUGGUUUGUUAACUUCAGACAUCUGUGGCAUUGUGUUACUUGGCUGUAUCACAAAGAUACUCUGAGACCGAGUUAGGACAAUGUAUGAAAAUGUCCCAACAGUCUCCACAGUGGAGCGCCAGCAGGUAUUGCAGGCUUUGGAGCGGCUGCAGGCCAAGAUGGCCCAGAGGGAGGAGUGGACCCACAGUGAGAGGCUGGGGAUGCUGAGGGACGCUCUACAGAGCCCACUGCUAGGACACAUCCUCACGCUGCAGCAUUCAAUCAAACAACUCAAAGACCAGCUGAACUGCAUGCCUCCAGACACCUGCAGUGAUUUCAGCUUCUCUAGGAAGGGCCAGCUGAUUGUCAGUGCCAGCCGCCCAGCCAGCAGCCUGUGCACGUCCGGCCCCGGCUCUGUGUUGUCCAACGGCUCGGCCUUUGCCUCCCCCGACCAGCUCCAGAGAUGGUUCUGCACCUCCGCUAAGGGGAGGCAGACAGAGCACAUCAGCCUGCCCAAGCCUUCGUCUGGGGGCCUGGGCUUCAGUGUGGUGGGCCUAAGGGCCGAAGGGACAGGGGGCCACGGGGUCUUCAUCAGACAGGUCCAGCCUAGGAGCAUCGCACACUGGGAUGGGCGCAUUCAGGAGAACGACCAGAUCCUGGUGAUCAACGGGACGCCCCUGGACCAGAGUGUCACCCAGCAUCAGGCCAUCGCUCUUCUGCAGGAGCCUGGGGACAGGGUGGAUCUAGUGGUGGCCAGGGACCCUGCAACCAUCACACAGCAUACACACACCGCCCCGCCCCCACUCCCACCUGGGCCCAGUCACAAGGAGCAGUGGGGCCACAUGGAGGAGAUCGAGCUGCUGAACGACGGCUCGGGCCUGGGAUUUGGGAUUGUUGGAGGCAAGGCCACUGGGGUGGUGGUGAGGACUCUGGUUCCAAACAGUGUGGCUGACAAGGAUGGGCGCCUGCGUACAGGUGACCACAUCCUGCGUAUUGGUGAGACCCCCACAGGUGGCCUGGCCAGCGACCAGGUGGUCAAGGUGCUGCAGGGCUGCGGGAGCCACGUACGCAUGCUCAUCGCCCGUGACCCCUCGGGACAGCACUCCACCUCCCCGCCGCCCCCUCCCCCGCCCGCCGCCAGCCCCGUCUCUGCCUUACCCGCUGAAUUCGAACCCCAGAGCAGGGUCAGCAGGACGCCCAACCUGGAGGGUUAUGAGAUCCAUGAAGUGCCUCUGAGGAAGAAGGAGGGCCAGAGCCUGGGGAUCACCAUCAUCGGAUUCAACUCCUUAACCUGCGACGACGCGGUCGGGGUGUUUGUGAAGAACGUGGUUCCUGGGAGUGCCGCUGAGCAGAGCGGAAACAUCCGGAUCUAUGACAGGAUCAUAGAGCUGGACAGGGUGAGCCUGCAGGGCUUCACUAACCAGGAGGUUCUGGAGGUGAUGAAGCAGACAGGCCAGACGGUCCACCUCACCCUGGUCAGGAAGAUAGCCUCGCCCAAACCGUCACUGGAGAGGUCCCUGGACAAAGGUGUGGAGGAGAUAUCUCUGUCUGAGCUGGAGCUGAAGGACAAAUGGGAGCAGUCUCUGGGGCCACAGUACGAUGUUCUGGUGGUUGAACUGGACCCUGUUAUUGAAGAUGAUGCUGGACUACAGAAUUACUCCAAGCUGCUACCCAUCCACACCAUGCGUCUGGGGGUGGAGUUGGACUCGUUUGAUGGCCACCACUACAUCUCCUCUGUGGCCCCAGAGGGCCCCGUGGCUAAACACGGCCUCCUGAGACCAGACGACGAACUACUAGAGGUAAACGGAGUGCAGCUGUACGGCAAGUCGAGGCGUGAGGCGGUGGUGUUCCUUCGUGAGGUUCCCCCUCCCUUCACCCUGGUGUGCUGCAGACACCUGACAGAGGAGAACUCAGACUACCAGCCUGACCGGGACGCUGCCAGCCUCUCUGAGCAGGACCAAGCCACCCUAAAGGAGAUCUCAGAGGAGGAGGAAGCACCCACAUACCCCAGCCACCUGGAGGAGAACGUGCAUGAGGAAGGAGAAGAGGCUCUGUGGUCCCCAGACAUCCAGUUGUUGGAGCUGGAGAAGGGAGAGAGAGGCCUGGGCUUCAGCAUCCUAGACUACCAGGACCCUCUGGACAGGGCAGGCUCGGUCAUCAUCAUCCGCUCCCUGGUGCCCGGCGGUGUGGCAGAGCGCCAUGGGUACAUGCUCCCCGGGGACCAGCUGGUGUUUGUCAACAACACCUAUCUGGACACGGUGAGCCUGUCCCAGGCCGUGGAGGUGCUGAAUGCCGCCCCGUCUGGAACAGUCUACCUGGGCAUCCGCAAGCCACUGGUGGGGUUUCGUGAUGGCUCCAUCCUCCCAGAAGUCCUUGGACAGGAAGAGGACGAAACCGAGCUGAUCCUGGACAGUGGCUUCCCGCGCUACGUCUCACCUCUGAUCCCUGCCUUGACCCUUAACCCCACCCCAACUCCUACCCUGACCACCAUCCCCCUCCCUCCAGGAGAGGAGAGGGAAAUGACAGUGGAUGAAGAGGAGGAUGAAGAGGAAAAGGAGGACGUGGUGGAGGUGAAUGGUAGAGAGGGGCAAACCGUGGACUCCUACCCCAGAAAACCUCCACCGUCGUGGGGAGAGUGGGAGAGGGUCAACAGAGGCCCUGUCCCCCCAGCCCCCGUCCACUCUGGAGCUCAGAAGCAGGUGGAGGAGGAAGUUGGAGAUGGUACUGUGGAGAAGCUGGAGUCCAGAGCCCUCUUUGAUCAGCUCUCUCUAGGUCAGUCUGUGAAUUCCUGGGUGGAGACUGGGGAGAGCGAGGCGGACUCAGACUCCAGGAACGGAAGAUCAGAACUCAUCCUCACAAAUACAGACUCGGUGCAUUUGAUUGGCACAGAGAGGAGAAAGAGGAGGGGCCAGGGAGGAGGACGACACAGUGAUCUACCUGAGAGGGAGGAAGGAGAGGGAGAGAAAACCCCUGCCUUCAGUCACUGGGGACCCCCACGCAGAGUGGAGGUGUGGCAGGAGGAUGGCGAGUCUCUUGGCAUCAGCAUUGUGGGCGGGCACAGCGUCAUCAAGAGACUGAGGAACGGAGAGGAACUCAAGGGCAUCUUUAUCAAACAGGUACUGCCGGAGAGCCCAGCGGGACGCACUCGUUCCCUCAAGACUGGAGACAAGAUAGUGCAGGUAUCAGGUGUGGACCUCCAGAAUGCCAGUCAUGAGGAGGCAGUCCAGGUCAUCAAGACAGCUCCCAGUCCCGUGGUCUUCAUCGUUCAGAGCCUCUCUGCCACGCCAAGGCCUGUCUCACUAACGGCGCCCAGUUACAGAAAACACAAGGCAAAGAGCAAAGUCAUGCCGAAAGCAGAAGUAGGAGGCGCCCCUCCCCAGAUGAGACUCCCCCCACCCUACCGACCACCCGGUCAGCUGACAGAGGACCAGGACGAAGAGCUGGAGGAGGUCAAAGGGGGGCGUAUUGGCUGACCGUUGUAUCAGUUGCCUGGCGACUGAGGGUGGGCCAGGGAUGCAACCUAACCAAUAGAACUACUGUACUAACAUGAGAGAGUGGGGAAGGUGGCCAUCUUGUCUUCUCACUGCACUGUGUGUUGUUCCCCCUCUUUUACAGCUUUUUACUCUAAUGCAGUGCAUUCAGAAAGUAUUCAGACCCCUUGACUUUUUCCACAUUUUGUUACAUUACAUCGUUAUUCUAAAAUUGUUUCAAUUGUUUUUUUCCCUCAUCAAUCUACACACAAUACCGCAUAAUGACAAAGCAAAAACAUUUUUGCAAAUGUAUAAAACAUCAAAUUUACAUAAGUAUUCAGACCCUUUACUCAGUACUUUGUUGAAGCACCUUUGGCAGCCAGAUCCUCUCAAGCUCUGUCAGGUUGGGAAA